UCUUGUUUUUUGUUUUGAUGGUGGGGGUGGGUGGGGACGUUGUCUUUGAACAGGACACUGACAGGAAAAUUACAUCUGAUUUUGAUGACGUGUCGAAAGAUAGCCAAGAUGGAUGAACUUUUUGCUGGCGUUGACAGAGCGAAUACAUGUGACUGAUUGAUCAAACCUCAGCUUGGAGUAAACGCCUUCACUUCUUGAUUUGGUCCAGUAUUUCCUCCAUCAUGGCUCUAGAGUAUUCCUCAUUGCAGAUCAGAAGGCGAUCAGGGAGGCCUGACUGAAGUGGGAAUGCUCCACAAGUCCGCCAAGCCUUACGAUCAGCGGCAGAAAGUCCCAGAUCCAUCUUGAUCUUCAUAUCUGACCUUGAAGAAUAAACAGUCCUCUCCCCCCCACUUAAUACCAGUGGGGGGGAGGGUGGGAUUUAGUUAGUUGGUAGUUGAGUAGUUUUUUUUUUUUAUAUACAUGUUUUGAGCACUUCAAGAAGAUAGUGACUUUUUGUUUUUAGCUUCUCUUGCUUGUGGCCUCUCAUAGGUCUACAUUUUAGUUGACAUAUAGUUGUUAGCCAUGGAUGCUAAUCAAGGCCCAGGCCAAGGCAGCCCAGAAAGUCCAAAUCGUGCGGUGGAGUAUCUCCUUGAACUCAACAACAUCAUCGAAAGCCAGCAGAAGCUUCUGGAAACACAGAGGCGGCGCAUUGAUGAGCUGGAGGUCCAGCUAGACCGCCUAAGCCAGGAGAACAAGGACCUGCGCUUGGUCCGUGAGCCUGCUGCUCCACCUCCGCACGUACCUCCUACGGAACCUCGUCUUCCUCCUCCUCCCCCGCCGCCGCCUCCCGCUCAUUUCUCCUCCGCUCCCAGCAAGAACCAUCACCCCCACCACAACAAGCCUCCCACCUCCAUCUCACUCAACAUCAGCCACAACCACCAGCAGCAUCACUACAACAGCACCUCCGCGGUCCAUAGUCCUCCUGCGGGCCCCGCCGUGCAGGUCUCCGCGCCAGUUCCUCCCCCGCCACCGCCUCCCAUUCCCCCCCGAGAGCAACCGCGGGGUCACGGCCGUUUGAGCCGAACGGCGUCCACCAGCACCGGAACCAACACCAACUUUGUGGAGAAGGAGAAAGAGCGCCUGGAGCGCCUGCACAGGAGUAACGCCGCCAACAACCACCACGCCCACACGCUGCACCACCACAAACCCGUGGAAGGUGAGCCACGGUGUACAGAGGCGCUCCCUUUUCCAGAUUCAUUGUUCGGUCACCCUUACGCCUCCAGUACCAGCACCUCCAGUGGGCCCCUGGGAGCCUCCCACACACAGGACAGUUCACCCAUCUCUACACCCAGCGCGGCAAGCUUGGCGUGGGCACAGCGGAGUCGCCAGCAGCCUGCCAGUCUGGCACUACGUAAGCAAGAGGAGGAGGAGAGCAAACGCUGCAAGGCCCUUUCUGACAGCUAUGAGCUCUCCACGGACCUCCAGGACAAGAAGGUGGAGAUGCUGGAGAGGAAGUACGGCGGCCAGUUUGUGUCUCGGCGGGCAGCCAAGACCAUUCAGACGGCGUUCCGGCAGUACCGUAUGAACAAGAACUUCCAGAGACUCCGUAGCUCAGCCUCGGAGAGCCGGAUGACGCGUCGCAUCAUUUUGUCCAACAUGAGGAUGCAGUACUCCUUUGACGAGCGUCAGCCACAGGGUCAAGGCUAUUCAGGUCCGCAGGGUUCCGAAGACACAGGAGAAAUUGACGACUCUUUCUCCAAGCAGGUCAAGUCACUGGCAGAUUCAAUGGACGACUCACUCACCUGCCAAUCGGGUCGAGAGGACUCCCAGGAGGCGGGAGGAGAAGGAGAGGAGGAAGAGGAAGGGGACGAGGAAGAAGAAGAAGAGGAGGAGGAAGAGGAAGAGGAGGAGGAGGAGGAGGAGGAGGAGGAAGACUACAGGGAAGGCUCUUGGGGUGGGACCUCGACGUCCUCGCGUCGUGUGGUGGGCCAGGUGGGUCGAGUCGGGCGGGGGGCCUCUGGCGCCGCCAUGCACGAGGACAGCACGGCCACCUCAUUUAGCGAUGUUACACUCUACAUGGACGACGGCUGCCUCCCGGCCUCGCCCAUCUCCCGCCCCCCCUCCUCGCCGCUGUCUUGCCCUGCCUCCAGCUCCGACACAGAGUAUUGGGGAGGCGCUAGCGGAAGAGAGGACAGCAGAGAAACAGAACGAGGUGGCAACGCCAGCCGGAGGAGCAGCACCCCUUGCACUGAAUGUCGGGGGGAGUACCGAGGGAGGGCUGCCGCAGGAGGACACUUGCCUGUCUUAACCAUAGAACCGCCCAGUGACAGCUCCGUCGACAUGAGUGACAGGUCCGAGCGAGGCUCCAUCGGGCGUUUGAUCUACGAGCAGGAGCCACCCAGGGUGGAGAGAGCGGCAGGAGAAGAAAGUCGAGGUGGUGGACAUGGUGAGAGCGGAGAAGAAGACCACGGAGGUGGCGGGGCAGCAAGUAGCGAGGCCGACACACCGCAGGGAACUAUCAAACACAAACCAAACGGCCGCUCAGUGGUGAUGGCUCAGGGACAGACUCGUAGCUCCACCCCCUUGCCCAUGCCCUCAGCUCGUACCCUGCCAUCCCACGGACUGUCUCACCCACUUCAGCACACACACCCUCACCCGUCACCCAUCCCCCAUCUGCCCACCGUCUUGCACCACCACCCACAAUACAACCAUUUGGCGUACGUGCACCACAGCGGGGCCACGUAUGUUCCGCAUUUUGCCCAGCAACAUUACCACCACCUGCAUCACCACCACCACCUCCCCUACACCUGCCCGGAACCCACCUCUUCGCCACUGCCCUCGCCUAUUCCACCACUCUCCCCUAUGCCACCGCCGCUCACACCCUCGCCAAUGUCGUCUUCCACGGACGUCAAUCAGCACCUGCACCACCUGCCACACCUACACCACCCCUUGCACCACCACCUCCUGUGCUCGGAUGGCGACAACGAGAGCGUCAACUCCACUACCACCAACUCCAAUGACGACACCACCGUCAACAACGGCAGCUCUGGCUCAUCGUCACGCGACAGUCUCCGCGAGCCUACAUCGGCGGCGCACGGCAAGCAGACGUAUCAGCGCGAGAGCCGCCACAGCUGGGACUCCCCCGCCUUCAAUAACGAUGUGGUCCAGCGCCGACACUAUCGAAUUGGACUCAACCUCUUCAACAAGAAGCCCGAGAAGGGAAUCCAGUACCUGAUCGAGAGGGGCUUUGUUUCGGACACACCAGUGGGCAUCGCGAGAUUCAUCUUGGAGCGGAAAGGUCUGAGCCGGCAGAUGAUUGGCGAGUUUCUGGGCAGCCGUCAGCAGUUCAACAAGGAUGUGUUAGAUUGUGUCCUGGACGAGAUGGACUUCUCUGGGAUGGACCUGGAUGAUGCCCUAAGAAAAUUCCAAGCUCAGAUCAAGGUUCAGGGUGAAGCUCAGCGGGUAGAGCGGCUGGUGGAGGCUUUCAGUCAACGCUACUGUGUGUGCAACCCAGUGCUGAUAAGGCAGUUCCAAAAUCCAGAUACCAUCUUUAUCCUGGCCUUCGCCAUCAUUCUCCUCAACACGGACAUGUACAGUCCCAACGUGAAGCCCGAGAGGAAGAUGAAACUGGAGGACUUUAUCAAGAACCUGCGAGGUGUGGACAACGGUCAGGACAUUCCCAGAGACCUUUUGGUGUCCAUCUACGGAAGAAUCCAGAAGUGGGAGCUGAGGACCAAUGAUGACCACGUGUCUCAGGUGCAGGCAGUUGAAAGGAUGGUGGUCGGCAAGAAGCCCGUUCUGUCACUGCCUCACCGCCGGCUGGUGUGCUGCUGUCAGCUGUUUGAGGUUCCCGACCCGAACCGAGCCCAGAGGAGCGGCGUCCACCAAAGAGAGGUCUUCCUGUUCAACGACCUGCUGAUGGUGACCAAAAUCUUCCAAAAGAAGAAGGCCUCCGUGACGUAUAGUUUCCGACAAUCAUUCCCGCUGGUGGACAUGCAGGUGCACACCUUCCAGAACACUUAUUACCCUCACGGCAUCAGGCUGACAUCAGCCAACCCCGGGGGCGAAAGGAAGGUUUUGAUCAUGUUCACGGCACCAAGCCAGCAGGACCGCACUCGCUUCACCUCGGACCUGAGAGAGAGCGUGGCCGAGGUGCAGGACAUGGAGAAGUACCGUGUGGAGUCCGAGCUUGAGAAGCAGAAAGGUGUAAUGCGUCCCGCCGGGCUGAUGGCAGGCGGGCCGUGCAGCGGGGCCGGAGGGGCGGGGCCCGCGAAGAGUGAGGCUGUGAACGGCACCAUGGGUCGGCCCUGCCUGGACGACACGUACGCGUCGGUGGAUGGACUCAAACGCACGGCCCUCAGCUCCUCGCUCAGAGACCUCUCCGACAGCGGCAAGCGAGGUCGUCGGAACAGCGUGGGUUCACUGGAUAGCACGAUGGAAGGUUCCAUCAUCAGCAGCCCACGGCCGCACCAGCAGUACCACCCUGGAGGGCUUCUGGCCUACAGCCCCAUGAUGGCGCCCUCGUCUCCAGCAGCCUACCAGCCGCACCGCCCUACUCAGAGCCCCGGUACGGGGGUAGGCGGUGGGCCGGGGCUCUGUCACAACCAGGCUGGAGCGAGCGGGGUCGCGGCUGGGCCCGGCGGAGGGAUGGCGAUGGGGGUCGGUCCGGGCAGCGGCGGCCGAUUCGGGAACUUUUUUGGCAGCCGCAGAGGGAAAGUUCCUGGUCCCCUGACGAUGACAUCGCCGACACCGCAGGGGCCCCCGAGUCCCCUGAUGAUAUCGUCCCCGCCCCACUACCCCGCACCCGAGCCUCCUAUCGCCCACCCGUCCUCCCCUUCCCCAUGCCCCUCCCCAUCUGCCAACCUCGGCCAGUCGGACCCGGGAGGCAUUGGAGGGGGAGGAGGCCCGGGUGGGGGGCAUUCCAAGCUCCAGGCUUUGCACGCCCAGUAUUGCCACGUCAACAGUGGGGGAAGCGCAGUCAGCGGGCACCAGCAGCAACAGACUCCACCCCCUCCUUACCACCACCAUCACCGAUACCACAUGCAAAGCGCCCCACAGCACCACCCCCUCAUGCACAGGGUGUCGAUCCCACGACGCCAGGUCCCGUCCAGCUGCGCGCCAUCUCAUAUCCAGCAGCAUCAGCGGAUCCAGCAAGCCGCCGCCCAGCACCAACGCUACAGCGUCACCUCGGGUUUCAUUACACCUCCGCCACUGUCUCCGCACUCGCCUCUCACCCCGACUACCCCCCACGGACUGUUUCGGCCGGGCGGCGGAGGCAAGCUGCCGCUCACGAUCUCGCACUCGCAGCCCCACCCCCACAGUCACUCCCACAACCACGCUGCUCACUCGCCGCUGAGCCCCUCACCCGCCAGCUCGCCCUCCACCCACUUCAUCUUCUCCACGCCACCGCCCCAGACCCCUUCGGCGCGCCUCGUCUCCCAGAGCCUUCCACAGCCCUACGCGCCCCAGUACCCGCCACUCUCCUCUAUCCCGCCCCCUCCUCCGCACUCCCCGCUGCCGCCGCCAUCGGCCGCGCCACUCUCCCCGCACCCGGGGGCAGGUGGCGGGCCGGGGUCCAAGUCGAAGCCGGUCAGUCGAAUCAGCACCGUCGUGUGAGGAGUCGGCAAGCCAAGGCCACGACCCAUCUGGUCGUCGGCCACCAGGCUGCGGCACCCCACCUCGUAGCCAGCUACCGGGGGGCGGCGCUCAGAGGGAGGAGGAGGAGGAGAAGGAGGAAGAGGUGGGCCGCAGGGCAAGUGCAAACGUAUCAAAAUGGCCGCCUAGUUAGACGCCGAGAAUUUCGAGCGGGGAAAAGGAAAUUACUGAGCCUGUGUUACUUUCACAUCCACUUACCCUGCAGCUAAAACAUUUGACCAUGUCCUAGCCCACAUCGAUCAAGCCAUCCUUGGAGAAUUCGGCGAGGAGUGAGAAAAGAGCUCGACGAGGGUUAGCGCACAACACUGAGGAGUGACAGCUGGAUUUCAGAAAUCCAGCUGUUCCCAGGAAUGGCCAGUUGGGGACGCUGUAGUUAGUUUAGUGCACUUCGUGUCUAAUUGACAGCCAUGCAUGACUUGUGCAAUCGCUGCUGAGUGUUUGUAAGAAGAGGGGAGAACUUUUUAUUGUUGCUGUUUUUUUUUUUUUUAUCUCUGUGCUUUGUGACAAUGUUGUUUUGGCUCACAGGGUUUCUGCACUCUCCUUGUUCUGGAUUGAAAUGGUCAUUUACUUCUUCACUAUGAUACAAAUACCAUAUACAUGUAUAUGUGUGUACAUGUAUAUAUCAAGGCAGGAAGAAAGCAUGAACACUGACGUCACGAUGAGAAAAUGAACAUGAGGACAGAUCAAGAUGAGAAGACCAACAUGAAGACAAGAAGAGGACAAACCUGAAGACAAGCAUCAACACCGACAUGAAGACAAGAUGAGACAAUCAUCAACGCGAAAAGAAUUCAAACGUCAAUACAAACGUCUCUCAUUAUGAUAUAUACAGUAUAUAUUGUAUCAAGUAUUCCAAAGGUAUACAAAAGCAAAGCAUAUUCGUGUACUGAUGUUGUUUUCCGUGUUGCCAAGGAAGGAGAUGAAGCUAUUCAUCACGAUGCCAAACAGGGUGCACUCUUUUACACAAUUGACAAGUCAGUCAAAGAUUAUAUGUAGAGUAUUAUUCCCGCGUAUUUUGUUCAAAUGUAGUGUUAUUUUGCAAAAUGCUACAUAAGUAUACAAUCUUCCUGGCUGGUAAUAUAAUUCCAUUAUCAAGAGUCUCUUAAUGGUUGUUCCAUUAACUGAGCCAUUUUUUUCCCUAAAAUCGGUCUAUUGAAACAUUUUUUUUUUACCUCAUUGAAUAAUGGGUUAUUUAAUUUAUUGUACAUAAAAAAAUAGGGCAGUGAGUUUUUUAACAUAUAUUUUAUAUUUUUUAAUUUUAAAAAAUGUUUGGUAAGUAUUAAUUUUCAAUGAUACAGUUACAAAGCGGGAAAGUACACUUUCACCGUUAAAACUGUUUGCAUAAUUUGGUUUAGUAAUGUGUUGAAUUCUCCCUUGAGGGAUUACAAUAAGAAAAACAUUUGAAAAUAAUUUUAAAUGAUCUAGAUUUAUUUUACUCGAAAACUAAACUAUUUUACCUACUUUUUUAAAUUAUAAUUAUAUUGAUUAAAAAGUGUUGAUUUUCUCCUGAGGGAUUAUAAUCAGUAAAAUAAGAUGUAAAAAAAAUUAUCAAAAUGUUCAAAUGUAAAAAAAAAAAUCAUUUUAUUAAAAUAAUAUAUUUUGUAUGCACAUUUUGACUUGGCCCACCUAUCCCUUUCAAUAAUCGUCAUUCUGUGGUCCUUGACAAACUAAAGUUUGUCCAUCAAUCCUAACACGAAGUACAACAGCAACAUUAGCGCAACAAAUUCACAUCAUCAUCAUUUUGCAAAAUGGAGUGCAAGGUGCCUUCAGACAUGAGGAUGGUAAAAUAUGAAGCAUCAUCUUUUUAAUAGACUAUCAUUUCAGACCAAAUCCGAUGUCAAGGGUUUUGGGACUUUUUUUCCUGCAAUCUGGACCUACGCACGUGUAACUGUCUCCAAUUAUGAUUAUUCUUCUUUGCACUAAUGCAAAUAUGAGCGUCGCCUUUGUGAACGUGCGCAUGUGAUGUUUACGGUGUGUGUACGUGUGCAAGUGUGUGGGUUUAUGUUCUUCAGGGUUCUACUGGGCGUAUUUGAACUUGAUUCUUUUUUACGUUUAGCUGCAUUGCGUUACGAUUGGAAAUGAUGUGAGGGCAUUCCUCUGGGCACCUUGUUGGCUCUCCUCUAUUUUUCAUUCCCAGGGAAGAGUAUUGAGCUCGAUCUGACAAAAAAAAAAAAAAAAACAUGCGCUUAUGCAAAUUCCCCUGAAGACUUACAUUACCUGAUGAUGACUUGAAAUCUUUACACUGAAAACUUGACAUUACUUGAUCAUUUGAAGACUAUUGUACACUGAACUUGUCAGAACUUGUUCUGACGCUAAACUCGUCACAUUACAUGAUGAUGACUUCAAAUGUCUUUACACGGAACGUGUCACAUGACUUGCAAUGAAAGUAUCUCGACACUCUAUCUCACAUGACUAGGAUUUAAAGCCUUUACAGUUAAUAGGUAACAUAGCUGGAAUUUUUUACACUGAAUAUGUCUCUUGACUUGUCGUACUUAACACCGAACACGCAUUGAUAACUUCAAAUCUUAACACUGAGAACAUGAUUUGUCGGCGACGUCAAAAGUUUCUACAUCGAGCACAUCUCUUGGAUUGAUGUCUUUCCAGAAAAUAUAUACUCGGAGCCAUAUUUGAAUGAAGUAGCAACGAUUUCACGAAGUGAUGAUAAUGAACAGGGCAACGUUUGGGUCAUUGCGCUUGGACGCCAUCUUGCCGUUUAGUGUGGCUUUUGUCAGCUGCGGGCUUGUGUGAUGCUGCGCUAACGUGCAAAAAUUGAGUUCAAAUAGUUUUUUUUUCAAUUACCUUUUCGAUUUUGCAUUGAUUGAGCGUUCACUUAAAAGCAAUCAAGACUGGAUGAAAACGUGUGUUUUUAGGUGUGCAGCACGUUGACGUAUGAAAAGAUGUAAAAAAAAAAAGGCAUGAUGCUCUCUCGGCCUAUCUCUUUUCUCUCCAUUAUUGCUGUGCAUGUCAUUUAUUAUUACAGUAUCUGCACUGAGUGGAAGUUGGUAUUAUAAGCCACUGUGUACAUAAAUAUUGAAUUCAAUGAAAAGUAGCUCUUUUCAUCAGGAGCAAAGACCAACAUUUUUCACUAAACAGCAAAUAUUUUCUGACCGCUGCUGCCGGCAAGACGGAUUGUGGUAGUUGUUUUUUUCCUUCUUCUUUUAAAGAAACUCAAAAGACAAAUGUUGUCUGCUUCCUGUGCUGAGGUAGUAUGUGUACAAAAUGUUCCAGUAGUGUCAAAUACUGUAUGUGUCCACAGAGAUGACAUUAUUUUAAAGAUGAUUUAGACAUGUAUAGAAAUAUAUUACUUGUAACUUUGUUUUGGACAACAUUGCAGAGAAUAAUGUGGAAAUAUU